AUGCAAUCCAAAGAACUUGAAGAACAAGCUUGGAAAUUGAUUGAGACCCGUCAUGCACAAUACAAUGGAGAUGUUGAGUUGGUUGAGAUCCGCGAAGAAGGUGAAGAGAUUAAAGAAUAUUUGGAUUCAUUAAGUGAGGAGCAAAGUGAUGAUAAUUAUGGUAAGAGGGAAAUUAAUGAAUAUUUUACAAAAACAUUUGGGAGAAAAGCAGAAAAAAGAAACCAUCAAAUACAUUACCGAACGAACAAAGACAUAAAAAAUUUUCUGCUAAAUGGAUUUAAACCUACACCAUUAAUGAUUAAUGACGAAGACGACGAUAAUGAAGAUGAAUAUUAA